AUGCAAGGCGCUAGGUUUGUAGAAACCAAUUUGGUUUAGAAGAUGCUCCGUAAUCAAAAUUAUGAAUUUCAUAAAAAGAAAUUGGAUCAAAUUUAAACUGAGUAAUAAGUUCAUUCUUAUGAUUUAGCAAAAAGCCAAGAUAUGCUUUCAAAGAUUUGCCAGUACUAAGUAAAACAUAACAAUUAAAAGCACAGUCAUCUAGAUUUCAGAAAUCUGAAUAAAGAAAGCGAAUUGAUGAAUAAAACUAAUUUUUAACUUCACAUAUCAUAGAAAUUCAAGAAGGCAAAAACUCACAAUUUAGAUCUAUCUGGACUGUUCAAAAUUUAAGAUAGAAAGCCUAUGUAAGUUGAAUUGCUUAGCUUUAAGGCAGACACUUCAAUAUGGAGUGAGAAUGCUUUAGGAAAGAGGUUGCAUUCCCCUUUGAGAAGAAAAUAAUAAUAAAAAAUAGAUGAAGAAAAUUAAGAACUGUAAAAGAGGCUAGAACUUACAAAACAAAUCCUAUUAGAAAAACAAUAAGAGUAAAUACACAAAUAUGAAAAACUACGUGAUCAUAUGACCAGAGUAAGUAUUAUGUAAUUAAUCAGAUUAAACCUAAAUGUCAAAGUUCUUCUAUGCUGAAAACACAAUUUCCAUCUGUUAAAAGUAAAAGCACUACUUAAUUGCUUAAUAAACAAUAUCAAUCUGAUUCACUCAUACAAAAUAGUAAGAUGAAUGACUUGCUAAAAUCGGAAAUAAACAUCAGCAAGAUAUCAAAAAUAGAAUGA